UUUUUAGUACGUGUUCCGAUGUCGAGUAAUUCGGUUGCGUGACGCUCGCAGCAACAACAAGCCACAAAUACAACACCAACAGCAGCAAGCACAACAUAAAUUUAAAUAAUAAAACAGCCCCACAACCACAAAUACUGCAUCGCAAUGAAAUAAACAACUAUCGCAUAAUGCCAGCAACCAAAUUUUUUGAAAGUGCUAUCUGUGUUUGUUCCUAGAAUUAAUCAAAUCAAGUCUAUAAUAUAAGUCGCGAGAAACCAUGCCGAAAAAUCGAAAAUAAAAUCCUCAAAAAAUAUCUACAAAAAUUCUAAAAAAAAAUCACUAAAAAUCCCCAAUAAAUCUCAACAUAACCAAAUAAAAAUUAAUUACUUUUUUUGUUAUUGUGUGUGCCUGUGUUAUUGUGUGUGUUGGCCAACUUCCUGUGCAACCGGUCUGCAAAAGAGAAAUAUCCAGCCCAUUCAUUCAGCAUCCGACGCUAGUUGCACCUGCAACAAAAAAGAAAAAAAUAAAAAAAAAAAUACGCAACACAACUAAAAAACGAAAGAGAAGCGUUCUCUAGAAGUAGAAGUUGGCGACAUAAACCCGUUCUUUGAGUGGAGGAAACAGCAGCGCCUCCAAGGCCAAACACGAUAUCCACUUGGUCACAACAAUAACAACAACAACAAAAGAGCCACCUCGCAGGACCGCAGAAAACAAAAAAGCUGAGAAAAAAAACACAGCAGCGAGCAACUUUCCACAUUUUUCCUGGGCAUUUUCCUUUAUGCUGAGUUAACAAUUUGCCGCUGAAAAUGAGAAGAAUGCGCAGCAGUCGCCUCCUGGUGCUGCCACUGAUCCUUGUGCUGAUCCUGACGCUGCUCCUCCAACCGAUUGCCGUCCACGCCAAGUCGAAGAAGAACAAGUCCAGCCAGAGCUCGCACCACAGUGACACAUCCUCAUCCUCCUCCUCCUCCUCCUCGUCGAGUGGCUCCUCAUCGGCGGCAGCGUCGUCCGCGAAUGAUGAGAGCAAACCGAAGGGCGGCGACAAUGGUGGUCAGCACUUUGCCAUGGAGCCGCAGGACCAGACGGCCGUCGUUGGUUCUCGAGUGACGUUGCCGUGUCGGGUCAUGGAGAAAGUGGGUGCACUGCAGUGGACCAAAGAUGACUUUGGCCUGGGCCAGCAUCGCAAUCUCAGCGGCUUUGAACGCUACUCGAUGGUCGGCAGUGAUGAGGAGGGCGACUUCUCGCUGGACAUCUAUCCGCUGAUGCUGGACGACGACGCCAAGUAUCAGUGUCAAGUGGGUCCAGGUCCGCAGGGCGAGCAGGGCAUUCGUUCGCGAUUCGCCAAGCUAACCGUUCUCGUUCCGCCCGAGGCGCCGAAGAUCACGCAAGGAGACUACCUGGUGACCACCGAAGAUCGCGAGAUCGAGCUGGAGUGCGUGUCGCAGGGCGGCAAGCCCGCCGCCGAAAUCACCUGGAUCGACGGACUGGGCAAUGUUCUCACCAAGGGCAUCGAGUAUGUGAAGGAACCCCUGGCAGAUUCGCGCCGAAUCACGGCCAGAUCGAUACUGAAGCUGGCGCCCAAGAAGGAGCAUCACAACACAACGUUCACGUGCCAGGCGCAAAACACCGCCGAUCGGACAUACAGGUCCGCCAAACUGCUGCUGGAGGUGAAGUACGCGCCCAAGGUCACCGUUUCGGUGGUGGGUGGUGCCCUGGCGGGUGGCAAGAUUCCCGAGGGCGCCGAGGUGAUCCUAAGCUGCCAGGCCGACGCCAAUCCGCACGAGCUCAGCUACCGUUGGUUCAUCAACGAUGAGCUAAUGACUGGAGACUUUACCACCAAGAUGAUCAUUCACAAUGUUUCGAGGCAAUACCAUGAUGCCAUAGUCAAGUGCGAGGUGGUCAAUGCGGUGGGCAAGAGCGAGCAGAGCAAGAAACUGGACAUCAGUUUUGGCCCAGUUUUCCGCCAGCGUCCCGUUAGUGUGGAGGCCGAUCUGGGCGCCACCGUGAGCAUGCGAUGCGAUGUGGCUGGCAAUCCGGAGCCCGAAAUCGAGUGGAUCAGCGAGAACUCCGACCAGGUUGUUGGCGUUGCAGCGGAACUGAAGUUGAAGGUGAGCAGCGAAACGGCCGGGCGCUACUUCUGCAAGGCGGUGGUCAAUGGGUUUCCCGAAAUCGGUGCCGAGGCAACGCUCUACGUGAAGAGGGCCCCGAUCAUCACAUCGCACAAGGUGCAGUUUGGCGGAGUUGGUGGUCGCGUGAAGAUCGAUUGCCUGGCCUUCAGCAUACCGAAGGCGGAGCACAUUCUCUGGUCGUUCGAGGGCAAGAUCAUCAACAUGAGCAGCGCCGAUCCGGAUAUAUACAUUUUCGAGGAGCACCAUUUGCCGGAGGGCGUGCGAGCGGCGCUGAUUAUCCGCGAUAGCAAGGCCACACACUUUGGCAAAUACAAUUGCACGGUGAUGAAUUCGUAUGGCGGUGACUCGCUGGUCAUAACGCUGCUCCGCGAACCGGGAAACAUACCCGUCCUGCUGGUCGUAAUGGGCUCCAUGUUCUGCGUGGCCAUCAUUCUGAUGAUCGUGAUGAUCAUCAUCGUGUACCGCAAGCGGCGCAGUCGCAAGAAGCCCAUGCCGGCGGACGUGAUACCGGAGGCGUCGCGCGGCGGCGAUAAGCUGAACGAACUGAAGAGCGAGCUGCGCUCGAAGGCCUAUGACGUGGAGUACUCGGAGGCGGGCGGCGAUGGCCUGGCCAUUAAUCUCACCCAGUCCCCGAUGCCCGAUGUCCAGAUGAAGGGCGCCACACUGGGCGUGCCACUAGCCGGGCCAGUCAAGUUCGACGAGCGCUUCUCGGGCGACUUUGGCGGCGAUCGCUACAAUCGACAGUGCCACAUCAAGAAUCUGAAGAACCAGCAGGAGACCGCCUACAAGGGCAGUCCACAGGCCAAUGGCUAUGCCCACUACUUCGAAUACGCCCUCGACUACAGUCCGCCGGGUGAGGGGGCUGCCGUGGUGGUGGGCGGCGGCAAGGUGAAGAACGGUGGCAUGAACUCGGCCACGCUGCCCCACUCGGCGGCUGCCUCCGUGAAUGGGGGCGGUGCUGGCAAUGGGGGCGGGGCCAGUCUGCCGCGCAACCAGCGACACGAGAUUCAACAGUCGCAGCAGGCAAACGGAUUUCUCGGACAACCGCUGCUGCAGAACGGCAUCGAUAGCCGCUUUAGCGCCAUCUACGGUAAUCCCUACCUAAGGACGAACUCCUCGCUCCUGCCGCCCCUCCCGCCGCCGAGCACCGCCAAUCCGGCGGCCACGCCCGCCCCGCCCCCCUAUCAUGCCGCUCGCCACGGCCACGCCCACCACGCCAACGGCGGACUCAAGCAUUUCGUGGGCGGCGCCGUGAUCACCACGAGCCCCGUGGGAAAUGUGAACGUAAACGGGGGCGGGGGCGGCGGCUCGACGCCCAGCGGCGGCGGCGGGGGGGUGGCAGCGGCUGGCAGCGUCAGCGGCAGCAGUUCGAACUUGACCGCCAGCAGCAACACGCUGGCGGCCACGCCCCUAGCGGGCGGCGGCAACAGCGGCCAGUGCGCCCAGAGUCCGUCCGGCCAGUUUAUACUGUCCAACAAUGGGAAAGGACACACGCAGAAAGGACCUCUGGCCACUCAUGUUUAAGCUACGCGAAGGAUAUAUACAUGCAUAUAUAUAUAGUACAUAUAUAUAGAAAGCACUAGCAUAACUCAUAAAUGUAUUUAAAAGCCGAACUUCUAGUGUGUAAACUUUUUUUUGUCCAUCGAUAUUAGCGUAAUUCUGGUUCAAGCGGUGUGGACCACUUUCGAAAAGGUCUUGGGAAGUAAAUGCAACUGACUACGAUAUAUCUGACAUGGCUGAAAUUGUAAAUUUGUAACGUGCAGACCCCAAGAAAAAGAGUUCAACCCUUGAGAAAAAAAAACCUAACCAUGUGUAAAAACGAAAAGCAAAAAACAAAAGAAAACAAAAACCGUAUUGUGAUUUAUAGCGUUAAUUAUUUUAUGGCUGAGCUCGAUGAGUUUCGCAAUGGCAAAUUAUAUCAACUAGUGCAAAUCUUAAGCUACUUAUCGAGUAAAAAAUCGUAUAUCAAUUAAACACGAAACGUAUCGAACAGAAAUGAAACAAAAAAAGAAAAAAACACAAAACACAAAACAACUACAAAACUUCAAAAGUUCAUUUUAAACAGCGAGUUGCAUACAAUUUUAAACAAAACCGAAAAUCAAUUCAAUUAUAUACAUUAUUAAAAACAAAAAGCCUGUAGUUAGUUGGAACUAAAAAAAGGAAAGCAAACGAAAUGCAAAAAGUGCAGUAAAAGCAGCAAGCAAAACAAUUUUCUAAGCCAAAAUGUAUCAAAUUUUUAGACUUAAUUAUACGUAUACAUAAAACGAAACAAACUGAAUGCAGUGAGAGAAACUUUUAGAGUAAGUGCUGUGUUUCACCUGUGACCCGAUCAAAAAGAGCCAAAAGUAAAAAACAUCAAACUACACAUAUGUAUGUGCCAUUACUUUGCACAAACACUCGAAUUGAAUUGAAAUCUAUAUUUUUACGAGAUGCUACAGUAUUAUUGCAAUCUAAUCGAAAAUCCCCAAGCCGCAAAUAGCUGAAAAAGAUGUCCGCAUAUUGGUGUUUAAAUGAAGUAAAUAAAAUUAGAACCACCAAUCAUAAAUAGUUCCCACUUUCCAAACUGAUCGGGUUUCCAGGGCCACAGCAUCCAGCAUCCAGCAUCCAGCAUCCGUGUGAAAACUUGAAUAUUUUUUUGUCUAGCCCUAAGCGAGUAACUGAUAUUUGAACUUAAAUCAAUUAUGUAAAGAAGCAAAUGAAAUAUUGUAUAUCGUAUAUAUAUAUAGAGCAUAAAUGUGUAUGUCAACGCUUGAAUUAAAUGACUAGCUAAGAUUAGAGAGAAUGUUUGUAUUUUUUUUUGUCUGCCUAGUCUAUUUAUAGACGUAAAUGAAGAGUACGUGUAAACAAUUUUAAAGGUAAAAACUUAAAAAGCUUAGAAACAAUUUGUAAAACAUUUGAGCGAUCUACCAAAAAACGCAAGUGAGUGUAAAGCGUUAAAUUUUUAACACGAAAUGCUGCCUUAUGAUUCCUCGUUGGGUUCUUAAUUCACUAAGCCAAUACUGUAAUUAUUUAAUUUAUGCGUUCAUUUUUUUAAAUUUAUUGUUUUUUGGGAACAUAUACAGAAAUAUACAAAUGUAUGUCUCUAGAGUAAUUCUGAAAAUGCUUUAGAUGUUCUUCGUUUAUCCUGAUUUAUACACUCGAAUCUAAUUCUAAUCUAAUUUCCGCGGGCUAAUUGCGCAGAGCUUUUUAACUGGGAUAGCGUUCCGAAAAUCGGAGAUAAGGAUGGUGUUACAUUUUUUGGAUAAUUGUCAAACGAUUCGAUUAAGAGUUCAAUUAUAUAGACGUUACGCGAAACGAAAGUAAUUUCAAAUGAAAUCCUAUUAAGCCAAGUAAAGUAUGAUAAUUGCGAAAAUGCGAAGAAGGUUCGGAAAAUGAAAACUAAGAACGUAUUGCGGGAAAAAGGCGAAGUACGAAAAAACCUAAAUUAAGUCGAGAACAACUCAAAUUAGUUGAAAUAAAAAUACGAGAACAAAAGGAAAAUAAAAUACUUCAAAAUGCUA